UGCAGUCUUUUCCCCUUCUUUUCUACCACGCGAGGCUGUCGUCCGCAUCAGCUCCCAUUGCCUCCUGCAGCAUUUCGAGAGGUCGACACACAACUCGAGAGACCGCCAAGACGCUUUGACCGAGACGCACUUGCACGUAGUCAGAAAAAAGUUUUAUCUGCCAAAAUGCGCGAGUGCAUCUCCAUCCACGUGGGCCAGGCCGGCGUGCAGAUAGGCAACGCCUGCUGGGAGCUGUACUGCCUGGAGCACGGCAUCCAGCCGGACGGCCAGAUGCCCUCCGACAAGUCGCUGGGCGUGGACGACAGCUUCAACACCUUCUUCAGCGAGACGGGCUCGGGCAAGCACGUGCCGCGAGCCGUCUUCGUGGACCUGGAGCCCACCGUGGUCGACGAGGUGCGCACCGGCACGUACCGCCAGCUCUUCCACCCGGAGCAGCUGAUCACGGGCAAGGAGGACGCCGCCAACAACUAUGCUCGAGGCCACUACACCAUCGGCAAGGAGAUAGUUGACGUGGUGCUGGACCGCCUGCGCAAGCUGGCCGACCAGUGCACCGGGCUGCAGGGCUUCCUCAUCUUCCACUCCUUCGGCGGCGGCACCGGCUCCGGCUUCACCUCGCUGCUCAUGGAGCGCCUGUCCGUCGACUACGGCAAGAAGAGCAAGCUGGAGUUCGCCAUCUACCCGGCCCCGCAGGUGUCAACGGCGGUGGUGGAGCCCUACAACUCCAUCCUGACCACGCACACCACGCUCGAGCACUCGGACUGCGCCUUCAUGUGCGACAACGAGGCCAUCUACGACAUCUGCCGCCGCAACCUGGACAUCGACCGCCCCACCUACACCAACCUCAACCGCCUGAUCGGCCAGAUCGUGUCCUCCAUCACGGCCUCGCUGCGCUUCGACGGCGCGCUCAACGUGGACCUCACCGAGUUCCAGACGAACCUGGUGCCGUACCCGCGGAUCCACUUCCCGCUGGUGACGUACGCCCCGGUGGUGUCGGCGGAGCGGGCCUACCACGAGCAGCUGUCCGUGGCCGAGAUCACCAACGCGUGCUUCGAGCCGGCCAACCAGAUGGUGAAGUGCGACCCGCGCAACGGCAAGUACAUGGCGUGCUGCAUGCUGUACCGGGGAGACGUCGUCCCCAAGGACGUGAACGCCGCCAUCGCCACCAUCAAGACCAAGCGCUCCAUCCAGUUCGUGGACUGGUGCCCCACCGGCUUCAAGGUGGGCAUCAACUACCAGCCGCCCACGGUGGUCCCCGGGGGAGACCUGGCCAAGGUGCAGCGCGCCGUCUGCAUGCUGUCCAACACGACGGCCAUCGCCGAGGCGUGGGCGCGCCUCGACCACAAGUUCGACCUGAUGUACGCGAAGCGCGCCUUCGUGCACUGGUACGUGGGCGAGGGCAUGGAGGAGGGGGAGUUCGCCGAGGCGCGCGAGGACCUGGCCGCGCUGGAGAAGGACUACGAGGAGGUGGGCCUGGACACGGUGGAGGGCGAGGAGCUUCUGGACGAGUACUGAGGAGCGCGGCUUCGCGCCGUGAGCCGCGGGGGACCGUCCGCUGCACCGGGGGUUCUCCGAGGGACGUGGGCUCUGAGAGACCAUCUGCUGCAACACACAUGUUCCAGGAGACAAGUCUUCUGUUCUGCUCAUACUCGAGAUGACAGUCCUCUGUCCACACCUGGGCUUUGAGAGACCAUCUGCUGCAACACACAUGUUCCAGGAGACAAGUCUUCUGCUCUGCUCAUACUCGAGAUGACAGUCCUCUCUGAGAGACCAUCUGCUGCAACACACAUGUUCCAGGAGACAAGUCUUCUGCGCUGCUCAUACUCGAGAUGACAGUCCUCUGUCCACACAUGGGCUUUGAGAGACCAUCUGCUGCAACACUUAUGUUCCAGGAGACAAUGUACUGCAUGUGCUGCAGGGAUUGUCCAUUGCACCAUGCAUUAUCCAAGAGACUGUGCUGCAUCCCACUAUCCUACAUGUGCUAUGGAAGACCUUUUACUGCAACAUAGGUGCUCCAUGGAGCAAGCACAAGUGAACAAUCGUGACUGUUUUGCAAGCAACUAUAAAAGUUAUCAAAUUAAGCCAAACAAGAAUUUAGUGUAAGAAUAUUUUUUUUCUAAAGUUUAAAAAUAUCCAUGUGGAUUACAAUUUCAAACAUUAUUACAGUAUUAUUUCAUUUUUAUAAGCUUAAUUACAUGAUUUUUUUACCUCCCUAAUGUGAACCGUUUGUUUGUAAACAUUACAAUCGUGAAAUUAUUAAUUUAUGGUUACUGAAAUUCCAGUUGGUCUACCAAAACAUUUAAAAGGCAUAGAGAUGUGCAGCAUAUAAUCAGCUUUAUUCGAAAGUUAGGAAGAAAUUCCUUCAAUAGAAAGCCUGCUUCUGAGGCCCGUGUCUGCACAAAGAGGCGGCAAAGAAACUGGUGCACGCUAAUCUUGCACUUUGUGCUUCCUUCAAAAACUAGGCCGCGGGUAGGGUCCACUCUCCUCGCAUCCUCCUUACAAUCCGUCUUGUCAACAUCUAUACUGAUGUGAACAAUCCAAAUUAUUUUCAAAUUCAUGUGAAUGCCUCUACACAGUGAUUUAGCACAAAAAUAAAAUGGCACAGGAUUGUUCACGUACUCAGCACUUAAAAGCAGGCUCGCCAGAUAUAAUCUGUUAAACUUCAAUGAGGGAAUAGUUAGUUUAAAAAAAAAAAUUUUGUUGCAUUUUUUGAAUUUUAGGAGCAGAAAACAAACUUUUCUUUUUUUUAAAUAUCACUUCUUAACACCAUGCUUGGCUGUAAGCUUAUAAUAAACUGGCAGAAAAUUAAGGACUGAACCAGGUAACUUCGGAGUGCAAUGGGCAAAUAAAAGCCCUGUGAAAAGACUUUAGAGAGUGAAAACAUGUGUUGACUAAGAUUACCUGUGCGUGUGUGUGUGUGUGUUCGUGUGCUGUCAGUGCUCAUAUGUAGUGCUUGUUAAAACCAUAUAUUUUGUAUUAAAGUUAAUUUUUUUUUGUCUUGACGAACAAGUUUUGUCUGCUGAAAUGUUUAAUAUAUUUGAUGUAUAAAACCAAUUUUUGCACCAGA